AUAUAUUAUUUUGAAUAUAAAAUUAUUACUACAAUAAAAAAAAUAAAUUAUUUAUAUUUGAAAAUAUCGUUCUUUGCAAAUAUUAUUAUAAUAUUAGUAGUUAUGAUUACAAUUUUUAACUAUUUUAUCAGCUUAAGUAUAUUCGCAUUUAUGUGUGAUGCAAAAAGGCACUGUUUCUAGUAACUUAUCGAUACUCUAUGUUGCUUCGUGAAAGUUUUUCUCUCUUAAUUAUUAUAUUUAGAAAUAUAUUUGUUUUUACGUGUAAUUUUAAUUUCAACGAUAAAUAAUACAUAAAAAAUAGGCAUCAAUAGAAAUUAAUAAUAAAAAAAUUACACGUCGAACAGUAUUUCUUUUAAAUUCUGAUUCGAUACAUUUCGAUAUAUGGAGCAAGAAUAUUGCUGAGUGAAUGGCUCGGAUCUAAACAGAUCUAAGCAAGAUGGAUAUGUGGUAAUCUUCGGUACAAGCAUCAUAUUGUCAAUUUUGAAAGAAUUCUGUGAAUUAUAGUGAUAUUUGUAUCAAAGUUAAGUGGUGUUAAAUAAAACCUAAGAAAAUGUUGACCGCUGCUACGAAUUCAAUAUCAAAUAACGGAGGAUCUUAUAGCAAUGACAGAUCAAGUACUGCAGAUCCAGAACUUGCAACUGAUCCUGCUUCUGGAGGAUUUUUUCAUUCUGAUUACAAAAAGCAUGACGAUUUAAAACAAAUGUUGGAUAGUAAUAAAGAUGGACUUAAAUUGGAAGCUAUGAAACGUAUAAUUGGGAUGAUAGCAAAAGGAAGAGAUGCAUCAGAAUUAUUUCCAGCUGUAGUAAAAAAUGUUGUAUCAAAGAACAUCGAAGUGAAAAAAUUAGUUUAUGUUUAUUUAGUCCGUUAUGCAGAAGAUCAGCAGGAUCUUGCGUUAUUGUCUAUUUCUACAUUCCAACGUGCUUUGAAAGAUCCUAAUCAGUUAAUAAGAGCCAGUGCUUUGAGGGUACUUUCAAGCAUACGUGUAUCUAUGAUUGUUCCUAUUGUAAUGCUUGCUAUUAAAGAUUCAGCUAGUGAUAUGUCACCAUAUGUUCGAAAAACUGCAGCGCAUGCUAUACCUAAACUUUAUUCACUGGAUUCAGAGCAGAAAGAGGAACUGAUUAAUGUUUUAGAAAAGUUGCUUUCUGAUAAAACAACUCUAGUUGUUGGUUCUGCGGUAAUGGCUUUUGAAGAAGUUUGUCCUGAGAGGAUUGACUUAAUACAUAAGAAUUACAGAAAGCUCUGUAACUUAUUAGUAGAUGUUGACGAGUGGGGCCAAGUUAUUAUAGUCAAUAUGCUCACAAGAUACGCAAGAACACAGUUCAUUAAUCCAAACGUAGAUAAUGUAGAAGAAGAUGAGAAUCGCCCAUUUUAUGAUUCUGAUUCUGAUUCAACCAAUACUAAGAAAACAAAACUAUCGUUAGAUCCUGAUCAUCGAUUAUUGUUAAGAAACACAAAACCUCUUUUACAAAGUAGAAAUGCUUCUGUGGUAAUGGCAGUUUCUCAGUUGUAUCACCAUACAGCACCACGAAGUGAAGUUAUUACUGCUGCUAAAGCACUGAUCAGGUUAUUAAGGGGACAUAGAGAAGUUCAAAGUGUAGUUCUUCACUGCAUAGCUAGCAUAUCAAUUACCAGAAAGGGAAUGUUUGAACCUUUUCUUAGAUCAUUUUUUGUAAGAACUUCAGAUCCUACACAUAUAAAGCUCUUGAAAUUAGAUAUUUUGACUAAUCUGACAACUGAAACUAGCAUUGGGGUUAUACUGAGAGAAUUCCAAACAUACAUUUCUAGCAGUGAUAAAGAAUUUGUGGGAGCGAGUAUACAGGCAAUUGGUAGAUGCGCAAGUAAUAUCAAAGAAGUGACCGAUACUUGCCUAAAUGGAUUAGUUUCACUUUUGAGUAACAGAGACGAGGCUAUUGUAGCUGAAAGUGUUGUUGUUAUAAAGAAACUCUUACAAACUCAGCCAAAUGAACAUAAGAAUAUAAUAGCUCAUAUGGCCAAGUUAAUGGAUUUUAUCACUAUACCACAAGCUAGGGCAUCAAUAUUAUGGCUCUUGGGAGAAUAUUCGGAUAGGGUACCUAAGAUAGCACCGGACGUUCUAAGAAAAAUGGCCAAAAAUUUUGUAAAUGAACAGGACAUAGUGAAACUACAGAUAUUAAAUUUGGCUGUUAAACUAUGUCUAAAUAAUCCUGCACAGACUAAACCGUUCUGUCAGUAUGUUUUUCAGCUUGCAAAGUAUGAUCAGAAUUAUGAUAUCAGAGAUCGCGCUCGUUUUUUGAGACGUUUUAUUCUUGACGAGGAUGAUCCAGACAAGAAACUUCCUCAACUUGCAAAAAGAAUAUUUUUAGCCUCAAAGCCUGCUCCAACUCUGACAUCCAGGUUCAAAAACUCCGAAUUUCAGUUAGGUACAUUGUCGCAUUAUUUGGAUAUGCCAUGUGCUGGUUACCGUCCAUUGCCAUCGUUCCCUGAUGUAGCUCCAGAACCAUCUGUUAGAGAUAUUCCUAGUGGAAAUAUGAGAGAUAUAAGAGAGGAAUAUUUUAGAAAAGAUAAGAAGGAUAAGAAAGGGAAAGAAAAAGAGAAAUCUUUUUACAGCGAUGAAGAAAAUUUAGAAAUAUUUGCAGGAGAUGAAUUAACCAACGAUAAUGAAUCUUCGGAUACUUCGUCGAGCGAUUCUUCAGAUGAAAGUAGCGAUUCAUCUGAAUAUACAUCUAGCUCCAAUAAAUCUGAAAAUGAUAAUGAGAAAAAGAAAUCUACUAAAGAAUCUGACGAAUCUAAUGGUGAGUCCGAGAGUGAAGAAUCAAAUUCAGAAGAAUCUUCUGAACAGUCAGAAGAAAGUGAAGAAGAGAAAUAUAAAGCUUCAAAGCACGAUACGAGAGAACAACCUAAAAGUAACAUUGAUCUCCUACUAGAUUUAGUCGAUGAUAUUCACAUAACACCUGUAAUGCCAUUAAGUACAGGAAGUCUUCUUACUCCAAUGAAUUCAAAUAUUUCAAAUGAUGUAAGAGAAGUAUCAUUCCCUUCUAUUCCAAUGAAAAAGUCUGAAUUGUUAAAUAGUAUUACAGGUCACGGUUUAAAAGUUGAGUAUAGGUUUACAAGAACACAACAUUUAGUAAGCGCUCAUUUAGUUGCUAUUGAAUUAGUAUUUUCUAAUGAAGGUAGUAAUUCUAUUAAGGAGAUUCAAAUGGGAACAAAGAAUUUACCGAAAGGUAUGCUUCUACAUGAUUUUACACAAAUAUCACUAUUAGAAACGAAUGGUAUUGCAACAUCCACAUUGGGUAUCAAUUUCAAUGAUUCCACUCAGCCGGCAAAUUUUAAUAUUGAUUUUACAAUUAAUGAAGAAACUUAUUCAUGUCCGGUGAUUAUUAAAGCACCUGUUGGAGAAAUAAUACGUGCUGUACUUCUGCCAGAUAACAUGUUUGUUACUGAAAAAGCAAAAUUGAAAGGCAUGAACGAACAUGUAGCAAAAGUGCAAUAUGCGGGAAAUAAGAAAGAUAUUCCUCAAAUGAUCUAUGAAAUUGCGAAUGUUGCAAUAAUAUCUAGUACUGACGAAGAAAUGAGAUUUACCGCCCACACCCUAGCCUCAAAUUCAUUGGUAUUAGUGACAAUAAAAAUUACUGGAAGCGAAUCUUUGGAAAUAUGUGUAAAUUGUGAGAAAAUGGUGAUAGGUUCUAUCUUGUUGAAUGAAUUAAAAAGCAAUUUAAAAUAAAUGAGCUAUUUUAUACUUCAGUCAUAAAUAUAUAUAUAUAUAUAUAUAUUGAAUAUAUAUUUAUAUAUAUAUAUAUUUACACUUGU